AUGAUCAACUCGCCAACCAACAACGCGAUCGUGUACAAUAUCGCUAACCACACCUCAAUCACGGUCAAUCUCGUCAAGGCCACACCAGACUCUGUAGUGCCUUCCGCCAACCCAUCCGCUUCUUACAAGCUUGUGCAUGCCUCGACGAUUGGCGGCACAGCCACCUACGUCUUAGAACGGUCGUUGGAGGCCACAACAGCGACCGACGUUGCGAUCUUGCUCGAAGCACCCACCAUUGUCAGCUUGGCCGUUGGCAUGACCGCAUUCCCCGACUUCCACCACAUCCAAGGGUCGGCCGAGCUACAGGUUUCAUCGCGUGGAGUUGUGGCCGUCGCUCCACCUGCCGCGACAACGACCCCGGUGGUUCCUGCAGUCGCCAGCCUAUGUGACGAAGCGGCGGUGGCAUCGACUCUGUCUGUCCGUCUGGGCAACGGGCCCCUGUCGAUGCAAAGCGUCCUCGUUGGCAAGUCAGCGUGCGUUCGCGUCACGUCGUCCGACUUGUUGUUCGCUUGGUUCGGUCUCUCGUUCACGCCCACGACAAAUAUGAUCAACGCACCGACCAACAACGCGAUCGUGUACCAGCAACGAGUCCUCAAGUGA